AUGAAAGAAGGAAAGUUCCUGGGUUUCAUCGUAACAAAAGAUGGGUUCAAAGUCAAUCCUGAUAAGGUGCAAGCGAUCGAGCAGAUGCCUUCACCGUCGACAAUCAAGGAAAUGCAGAAAUUGGCUGGACGGCUAGCAGUACUCAACCGUUUCUUGGACAACCACGUAGCAAAGUCAUUUCCAUUUAUCAAAACACUCCGCAAUUGCAAGAAGAAAAGUCAAUUUCAGUGGACCCCGGAAGCCGAGAGCGCAUUCCGAGAAAUGAAGGAUUGCCUCAUAAGAUUACCAACACUAACAGCGCCAGUGAAAGGAGAACCCCUAGUAAUGUAUCUGUCAACGUCUGAUAAAGCAGUUGGAGCAGUUCUGCUCGUAGACUGCCAAGGCAUUCAGACACCAGUUUAUUAUGUGUCUCGCACUCUGAACGAUCCAGAAACAAGGUAUGCUAUAAUGGAAAAACUGGUGCUAGCACUAAUUCAUGCACCAAGGCAGUUGCGCAGGUACUUCGCCAAUCACGUCAUUCAUGUACUAACAAAUUACAACAUCGGCAACAUCCUUGCAAGGCCCGAGAUAUCCGGAAGACCAAGGCCAGCAACUAAAGGCCAGGUGUUGGCCGAUUUCAUGACAGAAGUACCUGACGACAAAGACAAGGAGUGCAAGACAAUGGAGAGAGCUGAAAGGCAACAUUCGGAAGAGCCAUGGCUACUGUAUACAGACGGCGCUUCCAAUGAAGAUGGCGCAGGCGCAGGACUUCGGCUAGUAAGUCCAGAAAAACAUGAAUUCACGUAUGUCAUCAGGCUAGACUUCAAAAGCAUGAAUAAUGAAGCCGAAUACGAAGCCUUUCUUGUUGGUCUGAGGUUGGCAAUCAAAAUGGGAGUCAAACAUAUUGAGGCACAUGUGGACUCCAUGUUAGUAGCCGGGCAGAUCAACGGUCAGUACGAUGCCAAAGGAGACGUAAUGGCGCUCUACUUAGACCAGGCAAAAACAUUGCUGCAAGUCUUCCAUUCCUACAAGGUACAUCAUAUCAACCGGAGCGAGAAUAAACCAGCAGAUGCAUUAAGUAAACUCCCAUCCACCAGUUUCCAGCACCUGGCCAAGGAUGUGCGCAUUGAAGUUCUGAGCAAUCCAUCGGUACCGUUAAGGCAAGUAAGCGUCAUUCGAUUUGGAACAACGUCCUGGAUGACUCCGAUAAUUAUGUAUCUUCAGUCUGGAGUACUAACGGAAAACAAAGCCGAAGCAAUGAAAGUGCAAUACAAAUCCGAACACUACCAGAUGGUCGACGGAAUUUUGUAUUGGAAAUCCUACUUAGGAUCGUUAUUAAGAUGCGUUGACCCAGAAGAUGCAAACUACCUGAUCCGAGAAGUACACGAGAGCAUCUGUGGCAUUCACGCUGGUCCAAGAAUGGUAGUAGCAAAAGUGAUGAACGCCGGAUACUACUGGCCUGGAAUGCAUCUAGACGCAGUGAAAGUUCUGAGGAAAUGCAGCGGCUGCCAGAGACAUGCCCCGAAAACGAUGCGCCCCAAAAAUGAACUAGUCCCAGUAACAACGGCGUGGCCGUUUCAACAAUGGGGGAUAGAUAUGGUUGGCCCUUUUCCAGAAGCCCCGGGCGCAGUGAAAUUCAUAAUCGUCGCAGUAGACUAUUUCACAAAAUGGGUGGAAGCAAAGGCACUCGCAUCAACCACAUCUACCGUAGUUAGAAGGUUCAUCUGGGAGCAGAUCAUCUGCUGGUUCGGGCUGCCACUAAGAAUCGUCACCGACAACGGGACAAAUUUUGCUGCCGACGAUCUCCAACGCUGGUUCAACGAGUUGCACAUAGAGCAUACCUUUUCCUCAGUUGCGCACCCGCAAGGAAACGGUUAA